CGUGUAUCAGCCACACGCGCCCGCCCGCGCCCGCGCCCGCGACACAGACAGAGAGCGGGUGAGGCGGGUAACGGGCGGUAGCUUUUUUCGUAAUUCCUUAGUUUGCGUAUACGCUCACACACAGCGGGCGUGCGCGGGUCGGGCGGGCGCGUGCAUUUCAUGGACUUUGUAUUUAUUUACAAAGUUUGUAUCCUGUUUCGUGUGAAAAUUUGUGUCCUGUUGUUUUGUUUGUUUGUAUUUGUAUCGGCGUUUGUAUUUAUUUACAAAAGGCAAUGGACGUAAACGAAAAAAUUAUAGAAUGUGUUCGAAAACACAAUUGUUUAUGGGAGCCAAAGAACCGGCACUACAAAAAUGCAGUUAUGAAGGCCAGACUGUGGCAAGAAAUUGGAGAGGAGUUAAAUGAAAAUUGUGAGGUGAUUAAAAAAAAAUGGAAAAGCAUGAGGGAUGGCUAUAUGAAAUAUAAAAAACAAAUAAAGGGCACUACAGGAAGUGGAAGAAAGAUGAUAAGCUUUGUGUGGGCUGCUCAACUAUCAUUUUUGGACGACAGCAUCAGUCCCAGGAAUACCACAUCCAAUAUUCCUGAAAGCACUAGAAUCACAACAAAUACUAUUGUUAAUUCGCCUAUUUCGCCAGCGACGACACAUGCUACGGAAUCUACAGAUACAGAUCGCGAAUCUCCAACACCUGGUACCUCUACCGAUCCAGAUGUACCUAUGCGUCGUUUUCCUGAAUUAUCGAACCAUCCGAUAGAAGAAACACCUACAAUUCGUACUUCAAACAAAAAAAUCAAAGAUACAGACGUUAAUGAAAUGAUAGUAGAAUUUUUAAAUAAUAAAACAAAGAAAACAACACAUGACGGUAUUGACCAUUUAUUUUUAAGUUACGCUCAAACUUUUAAAAAAUUAUCCCAGCGCAAGCAGGCAAUGCUAAAAGUGGAUUUAGCUAAACUGUUUUCUGACGCCGAGCUCAGCGAAAUGACUGCAUCAUCAUCAUCACCAGCCCAUAUAAGUCCCACUGCUGGGCACAUUCCUUCUCCUAUGCAGGGGAGGGAAAUGUCUUCGGUCGCUGAAUAUGUUCAGCACCUGUCUCCGGCAUAUUCAAUGAUAUCGGCAGCUUCAGAGAGUUAUACACAAAAUAAUAUAUACAAUAAUAACACUAAUUAUGAGUGCACACAGAAUUUUACAGCAAUAGAACAAAACGUGCCAUAUUCAUUGGUUUCAGAUGCAAGACAGUCUUCAUCAGAUCACCUUUUCCUUCCGUCAAAUAAUAAUACUAAUAAUUCUAAAGACACACAAAAUUCUUUUAUACCGACAGAACGACGCGUGCCAUAUUAAUUGGUUUCAGCAGUCUAGAUCUAAAGUUAACUAUUUGUAAUUGUUAAUCGUAAUAUGUAGGUGCAUAUAUAAAUACUAAAUGCUGGUGCAGUAACGUGAACUUUCCAUAAAAAAUGUUCAAUGUCAUCACUGUUUUCUCAGUGGGUAUGUUUGUUGAGAUUACAUAAAUAAUUAUACUUUGUUUUUUUUUUUAUUAAUUAUUAUAUUGUAAUGAAAAGUUUACGAUAUUGCCCACCUUAACGCAAAAUAAUUAGCGAUACUAAUUAUGUCUUUAAUCUUAUGUUUAUUAAAACUACCUAUAAGUAGAUUUUUCUAUGAUUGUUGAUCUCAAUAAAUGUAAUCUUGAUCUGAAUUAUUUGUAUCGAAUAUUAAGUGUACUUACUACACUUAAUAUUCGAUACAAAUAAUGCUUUUAGUGAGA